AUUAUUUUCAAAAUACCGGUAUCUACCUCAGAUGCAGCAUAGCCCUAACCAUGUCCUACUGCAAAACAGACUGCAUUGAAAGACCAAUAUCAAGAGGCUUUGCUCAUCUUGGACGUUUCGUUGGUAGAUACCCAUGGUGGUUCCUUAUUCCACCCCUUAUCAUAUCCGCAGGUCUCGGUGCAGGGUUUUAUUUUCUAGAAGACAGAGAGUCAAACAACAUCGAUCAAUUCACUCUAAAAAAUGGCCCGGCAAAGACAGAAAAAGCAUACAUCAAAGAGCACUUCCCACAAGGUGAGGAGUUUUCAAGUCUGAGGCUUUACACAGAUGGUACAUAUGCUUCAUUAAUUGCUGUGCACCCAACAAAUAUUCUCACCAAAGAAAUAUUUCAGGAAGUUGUCAAACUAGACCAAAAAGUAAAGCAAAUCCAGUCAGAAGGAAGUCAAAAGAUUUUUACAGAUCUGUGUGCCAAGGACAGAGAUUUGAAAUGUGUCUCAAAUCCAAUUUUGGAUAUUAUCUCUGUUUCAUUUUUCACUUCAAUAUCAGGAGAGGAGGAAUUAGACAAAAUUUCAGAAAAACACAUCCUAUUUUUCAUGGGUACAUACUUUGUGGCCAUUAUCGUCUUCAUAAUGUUCAGUUUGAGGCUGGACUGUGUGAGGAACAAGGUCUGGGUGGCCACCUUCGGGGUGCUGUCUGCAGGCCUGGCGGUGCUCAGCAGUUUUGGACUGCUGCUCUUCUGUGGGAUGCCAUUCGUGAUGACCGUGGCGACUGCUCCCUUUCUCAUUCUUGGUAUUGGUAUGAAUGAUGUGUUCGGCAUGAUUUCAUGCUGGCAGAAAACAAAUGUCAAAGAUGAGGUGGAAGAUCGCAUGGCCGAGACAUACAAGGAGGCUGCUGUUUCCAGCACCAUCACCACUCUCACUGAUGCCUUUGCCUUUUACAUUGGCCUCUUGAUCCCGUUUCAGUCAGUCCAGUCCUUCUGCAUGUACACCAGCACAGCCAUCCUCUUCUGCUACAUCUACAACAUCACAUUCUUCGGUGCCUUUCUGGCCCUGAAUGGACGAAGAGAGGGAAGCAAUAGACAUUGGCUUACGUGCAGGAAGGUUACACCUGCAGAUGAACACAAGAGCAAUGCCUGUUCAGUUGGAGGAGCUUAUGAUCCUGAGACAAAGAAAGAGGAGGAAAUGCCCAUGGAUAUCUUCUUUAAAAAGCUCUAUGGUCCAUUUCUGACAAAGCCUUGGACUAAAGUGUGUGUUAUUUUGCUCUACUUGGGAUAUUUGGCAGCUGGCAUAUAUGGUUGUUUUCAAAUCCAGGUGGGAACUGAUUUAAAAAAUUUAGCACCUGAUGAUUCAUAUGUUGCUCACCACUACGAUAAUGAAGACAGAUAUUUCUCAGAGUAUGGCCCUUUUGUCAUGUUAGUUAUUAGAGAUGAAAACUUCCGAUAUUGGAAUAGAUGUGCUCGUGAAAGUCUGAACAUGUGCCUAAAUGAAUUUGAAUCAUCUGACAUGGUUGCCAAAAACAUGACUAUAUUUUGGCUUGAAGAAUAUGAGCAAUAUGGACGUGGUGCUGGUUUAGAUCUUUUAGAUGAGAAUGUGUUCAUUCGUUAUUGUUCCACAUUUCUUAAUGUCUCAGGUUUAUAUCAAGAUGUUAAUAUUUCUAGUGGCAAAAUAGUUUCCUCUCGAUUGUUUAUCCCUACAGUUAACAUCACAACUGCAACCGAUGAGAAGAACAUGUUGAACUUUUUUAGGGACACGGCUUCCACUUGUGGGCUAAACAUGGAUCUGAUGGUCUACCAUCCUGCUUUUAUUUCCUAUGAUCAAUAUGCAGUCAUUACUACCGACUACAUGUACGAUGCUGUAACUUCUCUUCUGACCACGCUUCUAAUUCACCUUCUGUCUAUUCCACAUCCAUGUGCUGCUCUGUGGGCAACCUUUGCCAAUAUCUCUGUAACAGUAGGUGUGACCGGUCUCAUGGUUUUGUGGGACGUUCAUCUAGACUCCAUCUCCAUGAUCAGUGUGGCAAUCAGCUUUUCUGUCAACUUUUCUGCAGACAUUUCCUACGCCUUUGUCUCAAGUGGAAAGAAAACAGCCAAUGGAAAAGUUAUUGAUGCCUUAUACAGUGGUGGGUAUCCAAUUGUACAAGGAGUUGUAUCUACCAUUGCUGGUGUUGUGGUCCUCUCAGCAGCAGAAAGCUACAUUUUCAGGACCUAUUUCAAGAUUAUGUUUCUGGUCAUCUUAUUCAGCGCACUUCACGGCAUCGUGUUCACCCCCAUAUUUCUGACAUUCUUUGGAUGCUGUAGCAAUAAGCAAACGCAAAAGUCCUCCAAUAAUCAGAAUCAGAAUUUUCCAGACUAUUCUGCUGUCUUUGUCUGCCCCAACUGCAACCAUAAUGUGCAAAUGGUGCUCAAUUAG